ACCAAGUCUUCAGAAUGAACACUCAGGUCUUGUUCUUGCUCGGUGUGGUAGCUGUGGCUGCUGCAGAUAAGUUACCCACCUACUCCUACGGCGCCCCACAGGGAUCUUUGGAGGACUCAGUGGAGUAUGAUGAUGCCAAGUACGACUUCAACUGGGCUGUGAAGGACGACGACUCCGGCAACGACUUCGGCCACCAGGAGUCCCGCGACGGAGACGACACUCAGGGAUCGUACUACGUGCAACUCCCCGACGGCCGCCUGCAGAAGGUGACGUACUACGUGGACGGCGACAACGGAUACGUUGCCGACGUGACGUACGAGGGCGAGGCUCGCUAUGAAUCGGUUGAGUCUCACGAAUACGUUCCCCCCAGGCCCGUGUACUCCGCCCCCGAAUCCCACGAAUCAAUUGAGACUCCCGUGUACACCCCACCACGACCCCAGUAUGCCGCCCCCAGGCGCUCUUACGGCUUCCCUCAGUGAGGAAGGAUAACCAAAGCUGGUGACCAGUUGCGUCGAACAGAAUGUAUCUAUUUAUUUAUGAACAUUAAUUACAUUAAAAGCUUAAUCAGG